ACUGCGUGCGUGCCCAAGGUGUACACUCUCUUUUUAAAUUAAAUACUAGUACAUCCAAAGAACAAACUAAAAAUCGUCUUUUUACACUGGCCGCUGCCGCUCAAUCAUGGCCCGGGUUUCUACUCGUUCCAAGCUGUUGCUGCUGCUGCUGCUGGAGUUUAUAUACAUAUAAAUAAAUAAAUAAACGCUAGCUGCAGCAUCAUACAGUAUAUAUCACGCGCGCGGGUCCAAUAAACCCGCACCGCUCCAACUCGUACGUACGAUGAUGCUGCUGCAAAGGCGCGGCGGCCUCCUCUGCUGCGGGUGCGGGGGCGGGGGCGGCGUGGCCGUCGGCGGGCGUGCAGCAGCAGCAACAGCCGCCUUUGGCCGGGACGGGGACACCGAUGAUGCCAAGAGCACGGCGGCGGCGAGGCAGCUGUCGUGGGCGCAGGUGGAGGCCAUGACGGGAGGCUUCACGUCGGCCGUCGUCGGCGAGGGCGGCUUCAGCACCGUGUACCUGGCGCGCCUCGGCGGCUCCCUCGCCGCCGUCAAGGUCCACCGCAGCGGCGAGCGCCUCCACCGCGCGUUCCGCCAGGAGCUGGACGCCCUCCUCCGCGUCCGCCACCCGCACAUCGUGCGCCUCCUCGCCUUCUGCGACCAGCGAGGUAGUACGGGCGGCGUGCUGGUGCUGGAGUUGGCGCCGAACGGCAACCUGCACGACCAGCUCCACGGCGGCGACGGCGGCGGCAAGCCACCGAUGCCGUGGGCGCGGCGGGUGUCGGUGGCGCUGCAGGUGGCCCGCGCCCUCGAGUACCUCCACGAUCGGUGCGUGGUGCACGGCGACGUCAAGGCUUCCAACGUGCUGCUGGACGCCGGCAUGGCCGCCAGGCUCUGCGACUUCGGGUCGGCGCGCGCGGGGUUGUCCUCGGCCCGCCCGCCGCGCGCCGUGCCCGUGCUGCUGGGCUCCCCCGGCUACGUGGACCCGCACUACCUCCGCUGCGGCGUGGUCACCAGCAAGAGCGACGUCUACAGCUUCGGCGUGCUGCUGCUGGAGCUGCUCACCGGCGUGCAGGCCUUCUGCGACGGCCGGCUCCUGACGGCGGCCGUCGCGCCCAAGAUCGCCGACCCAUGCAAGCUCGUGGACCAGAGGCUGGGGUGCCGCUACGACACCGACGAGGCGGCGGCCAUGGCUGCGCUGGCGGCCGCGUGCGUCGGGGACAACCCGACCCUCCGGCCGUCGAUGGCCGACGUGGUGCGGACCCUGGAGGCGGGCAGGCGCCCGGGAAGCAGCACCUAUACAUCGUCGACCCUGUGACGAUAGAUAGUACGUAUACGGUAUACAUACCACAACUCCUGCCAGCUGGCUCCUGCAAUCAGCACAAAAAAAAAUGUAUAGAUUCUAGUAUAAACCUGUUGGAUAUAUAUAAUGGACGAGAUCAAAUUUGUUUAUUGUUGUCGUGUCACAAAAUUGUCCAAUGAAAAAAAGUAUCGCAAUGGCAAUGUUCUACCUAACA